AACAGAUGAGCCGGUGUGAGGAGAGGGGCGAGCGACAUACACAAACACAGGGGGAGAGAGAGAGAGAGGGAGCAGCUGGAGGCGACAGAGAGAGCUGCAGUAGUAAAGAGAGAGAGAGAGAGGAGGCAGCAGGACGGAGGAGAAUGAAGGAGCUGCUGAGUUUCUGAAGAAAACAAACCGGUUACGAUGGGAAACGCAGACAGUCACAGCAGCUUCGUGGCUCCUGCCAAGCCCUCCUGCGCGCUCAGGUUCUCCUCCAGGAGGGAGGAGGUGCCAUCAGCUCGCAGCUGGUGGAGGAGCAGUCAGGGAGGCAGCAGGAGCCGGGGGAGGAGCUACCAGCACCAGCACGCCGCCGGCCCGCCGUACACUUCCUGGCAUUAUGAACAUGCGCCCAAAGCAACCAGAGGGGGCGCCAAGCUGGGAGCCGGAUCUCCUCAGAGAUACAUGAGAGGCGAGAGGGCGCAGGGCGGCUGCAGGAACCAGUUUGGUUACUUGGAGAAUGGCGUUGGGAGUAACGGUGAGCGGAUGUCGUUGGAGAGCGGCGGCAGCCCGAAGGUGCUGCUCAGCAAAGAUGGCAGCAUGAGGGUGGAGUUCACCAACGCCAGGGUCGGCGCCAUGGAGCCACAGGCCACCGCCGCCGCCACCACCCCAGUCACAGAACCCUCCCUCCGCACCAGCAAGGGGAGCUCGCUCAGCUCCGACGGCUCCUGGUACGACUCGCCAUGGGGGACCGGCGGCGAGCUGGCUGACAACGUGUUCGUGUGCGGGGAGAGCGUGGCUAACAGCAGCGGCUACACCACCUACUCCUCCAGCCGCACAGAGGAGAGCGCCACUGCAGCAGCGGGUUACAACGCCUUCUUCUCCGCUCAGGUGGACAUCUCACCUGGAUUUAACUCCAGCCUCCUCUUCCCCGCCGCAGGCACCAGCGAGUUCACCUCCGCCGCAGGUUACAACACCUGCUCCUCCGGUCGCACGGAGGACAGCGGCAUCGGAGACUCUGUGAUCUUACAGUCUGACCUCGGAGACUUCGGCCUGGUUUCACCUUCCACCACCUCCCUGGACGCCGUUUACCACACGCUGCCCGCCUUCCCCACCGCCCCAGACUCCUCCCUGCAGCAGCAGCAGAGGACCGCCUUCUCCUCCACGGCGCUGCUGGAUGACGUCAUCCAGGAGGAGGAGGGGUCAGGAGGAGGCGUGGAACAGCGUUACUCCUCCCUCACGCUACCCUGUCGCAGGACCGAGCCUGACGUUACCGCUGCCAGCGCCGGGAACAGCCGCAAAGACUUCCUGAAGAGCCGAAUCAGACGACUCAGCGACUGGACGGGAAGUCUGAGCAGGAAGAAGAGGAGGAUCCAGGAGCCACACGGCAGUGACACCAGUGACAUUUUUGUCAACCGGCUUGACUCCGGAUCCGUUGGCUGUGGUACGCUGUGGUCCUCCAACCCUCUCCACGCUCUGAACCAGAACCAGAACCAGAACCAGUUCCCGGCGGUCCACUGUGGCUCCUCCAGGAGCCUGAACCAGAGCGGUGACCUUCAGCGCCAGAAUGUCUACGAGAACUUCAUGCAGGAGCUGGAGACGGGCUGCAGCAGCGCGGCCGAGCGCACCGAGCCGUCGGAGGGGGAUGGCGAGGAGGAGGAAGAGGAAGAGGAGGAGGAGGAGGAAGAGGGGAGGGAGGAGGAGAUGGAUGGGGAGGUGGAGGUGGGAGGAGGCGAGCAGCUGGAUGUCCUGUUUGAGAAGGAGCAGGGUGUGGUGCGACGGGCCGGAUGGCUCUCCUUCAAAGCUCUCAUCACCGUCAGCAAGGACAGGAAGCUGGAGCUGGUCGCUCGCCGCAAGUGGAGACACUUCUGGGUGACACUGAAAGGUUGCACUCUGCUGUUUUACGAGACUUACGGGAAAAACAUGAGCGCCGAGCAGGAGCUUUCUCCUCGCUACGCUCUGCUGGCCGACGACAGCAUCGUCCAGGCCGUCCCCGAACACCCCAGAAGGGAGCACGUCUUCUGCCUGAGCAACUCGCACGGAGACGUCUACCUGUUCCAGGCCACCAACCAGACCGACCUGGAGAACUGGGUGACGGCGAUCCACUCGGCGAGCGCCUCGCUGCUGGCGAAGCGUCAGGGGAAGGAGGACACGCUGCGGCUCCUCCGCUGCCAGAGCCGCUCGCUGCUGCACAAGAUCGACAUGGACGGGAAGAUGAAGAAGAUGGCGGAGCUGCAGCUGUCCGUCAUCAAGGAGCAGAAGAACAGGAAGGCCGUGGAGAGCCAGAUCCUGCAGUGGGAGCAGAACCUGGAGAAACUGAACCUGGAUCUGUUCCGGUUGCGGUGCUACCUGUCCAGCCUGCAGGGCAGCGAGCUCCCAAACCCCAAGAGCCUCCUUGCUGUGGCCAGCCGGCCCUCCAAGAGCAUGCUUGGACGCCUGGGAGUCUUCUCUGUGUCCUCCUUCCACGCCCUGGUGUGCAGUCGGGAUGAGGCGACGCUGAGGACUCGGAGUCGGACUCUGUCGGGAGGCAACCUCAGGAGGAGGGGCCUGCCGUCCUCUCUGAAGGCCCUGGAUGGACUGAGCAGACGCAGGAGGGACGACAGACACUCCUUGUCCCAGAAACUCCACUGUGCGUCCAAUCACAGGCAGACGACGCCCCCUGCAGGACAUCAUGCAGCUCUACAGGUCAGUGAUGAGCCGCAGCCUUCAGUCCUCGACGUUUUCACGCUCAACAUCUGUCGGACCGACGCUGCAAAAGACUUUGGUUUCGCGGUGACGGGUCACGUGGAUGGAGCGGGGAGAAGCCACGUCUACGUCAGCGAAGUCGACCCGCUGGGACUGUCGGCCAGAGAAGGCCUCAGGGCAGGAGACGAGGUCCUGGCUGUGAACGGGGCCGCCGUUUCCGGACUGGAUCUGGACCUGAUGCAGAGUCUCUUCAGCCACCAGAAGCUCCAGCUGCUGCUCAGGAGAGACGAGUCUCCCGAGCCCGAGGAGCCCGCCGCCACCACCACCCUCUGGCCCAGCCCCUGCCAGCCCCCGGCCCCUCUGGACCUCCAGACCUGGACCACAAGCACAAAUUCAGAUUCUUCGUCUCCAGACGGCGUCCUGCUUCCUGUUUUUGACGCCGUUUCGUUGAAACCGUCUGAAGACGUCGAGCUGCAGAAACAGAAUGUGGACCGGGUCUACUCCCUGUACCAGACCUUCCCAGAAAGCCGAGCGGCGGAGGCUGAUGUUCCCAGGAACCCGUACAGCAGAGAGGUCGGCCUGCAGCCCACUAGCCCCGCCCACCUGAGUGUGUGUCAGCGCCUGCGUAAAGUCAUCCAGGAGCUGGUCGACACCGAGAAGUCCUACGUCAAGGAUCUGGUUUGUCUGUUUGACAUCUACCUGACUCCUCUGCAGAAGGAGACCUUCCUCAGUAAAGAAGAGAUGGAGGCGUUGUUCGGCAGUCUGCCCGAGAUGUUGGACUUCCAGAGAGUUUUUCUUCAAACGCUGGAGGAGAAAAUCGCCUCCUGUCCCAACUUCAGCACCCUGGAAACACCCGGACAGUUCAAGAAACUCCUCUUCUCGCUGGGAGGAUCUUUCCUUUACUACGCCGACCACUUCAAGCACUACAGCGGCUUCUGUGCAAACCACAUCAAAGUGCAGAAAGUCCUGGAGAGAGCAAAGACAGACGGCGCCUUCAAGCACUUCCUGGAGGCGAGGAAUCCGACCAAUCAGCACUCGUCCUCUCUGGAGUCGUACCUGAUCAAACCCGUUCAGAGAGUCCUGAAGUAUCCGCUGCUGCUCAGAGAGCUGGUGUCUCUGACCGACCCCGAGAGUCCCGAACACGCACACCUGACAGAGGCGCUGAGAGCGAUGGAGAAGGUGGCGAGUCACAUCAAUGAAAUGCAGAAGAUCUACGAGGAUUACGGCUCCGUGUUCGACCAGCUGGCUGCAGAGCAGAGCGGACCUCACAAACAGGUGACAGAGAUCUCGAUGGGGGAGUUUCUGGUCCAUUCGUCGGUGGUUUGGUUGAACCCGCUGCCCAGUCUGGGACGACUGAGGAAGGAACCGGAGCUCACGCUGUUCGUGUUCAAACGGGCUGUCAUUCUGGUUUACAGGGAGAGCGCCAAGCUGAAGAAGAGGAUGACCGGCUCCCGCUCAGCUGAUCUGGACCCCUUCAGGUUCCGCUGGUUAAUCCCAGUUUCAGCGGUUCAGGUCAGACCGGCCAACAUCACAGGCUCAGAGAACCCGUGUGUCUGGGAGCUGGUUCACAGCAGGUCGGAGGUGGAGGGACGACCGGAGACAGUCUUUCAGCUCUGCAGCAGUGGUUUGGAGACGAAGGCCAGCGUGCUGCGAGCUCUUCGUUCCCUCCUCAGAGACCGAGCGCCCACCGGCUCCCUGAGGAGGACCAGGCUAUCGACGGCAGAGAGGAGCGGCUCCUGGAGGAGGAGGCAGCAGCGUUGUCGCUCUGACGGCCAGAGGACGACCAACCGCCAGCCGGAGGAGAGCUGCAGACCCGACGCCGGCUUCCUCCUGGGAGAGACCUGCUCGGAGCCCCUGCUGCCCAGCCGCGCCGCCUCCGACUCCACAGGGAAGAGGACCCGACUUUGCUCCCUCACCAGCGAGUUGGAGGCUCAGCUGCAGAGGCUGAACUUCACUGAGGAGGAGGAGGCCGAGCGAGGAGCGGCGGCGUCUCACAGCGACGACCGGAGGAACGAGGAGACGAGACGGAGCUUCAGUCUGCGUCGAAGUCCUGGAGGAGAAGUGCUGGACAUGGAGAGAGACUUCAGUGUUCAGAGCUUGACCUCCAUGAUUAACGAGGACUGUUUCUAUGACUCCAUGCUGGGGAUGCAGAAGGCGGCUGUUCCCACGCUACAGGGCUAAAGCUAACACGCUAACUGCUGGAAACCACAGGGAGUAAAACUUUUAUCAGACCUAUUUCUUCCAUCGCGUCUGAUAUCAACCCGUCGUACUGAAGGAGUCACACGUGGAACGACCUCUGGCAGCCGUCUGAUUGGCUGAGAGUUCUUUAAAAACGUUUUCCCGAAGAGGAAGUUUACGUCAUAAAUUUAGAGACGUGAAGUGAAUAAACUCAAAUAGAACAAAGUUUUAGAGUCACUGUGAGAGGGAAAACUUUUCACAAUAAAAUUUAAAUAACUUAAGAAAAAAGUCCAAAACAGAAUUUUGUGGAAAAAAGUUUUAUUAUUUCAAGAAAAAGAGUAGAAAUAUUAUUAUAGAAAAUGUGAUAUUAUGAGAUUGAAUAUUGAAUCAAAGUAAUAGGAAACUAUGUUUAGUAUUCUCUUAACAAUUCAGACUUUAUUCUCAUGAAAUUAUUCAUUUAUUCUUGAAAUAUUAGGUUUAUUUUAUUUUUCUCAUGAUAUUAAAUUCUUUUUUUCAUCUCAAACUUUGUAUUAUUUCCUCACAGUGGCUCCAAACUUAUAUUUUGGGUGAGUUUGUCCAUCCACCAACAGGGUCAAUAAACAAACCACAAACCUCCAAAACACUUUCAAGAACUAUGGAAUCAUUUUUUAACUUUAAGAAUACCGAAGAGGAUGUAAAGAGACUUCGUGAUGAAGAACGAUGAAGGAAUCUGGAAGAAGAUGAUGGUUUUACGCAGUGGAUUUAAGAUCUUUUACGAGGAACAAAGUGAAGAGUGAAUAAAACUUAUCUGGAGCUCAGUUCUCUGUUGGGAUUCUCCGUGUUCUCGUUUUUCUUUUUGAGAAAUAAACGAAUAUUUCUCCGGUUUUGAUAAUUUCGUUGCACUCAGCUGCCUGAACUCGUCACAGUCGUCUGUUGAAACGUUGUAAAUAUUUCUCUUGUACAGUCGGUUUUGUAGUUUUCUGUUUAACAGAUAUUUUCUUGACAAAAGCGGUUUGGAUGAAACGUCCGGAGCUGCUGGAUCGGAUCGAAGCCUUCGUGUAACUGCGGGUUCAACUGAUGUAUUUAUAUUUGUUCUUGUGUAUUUCAAGUUCUGUGACUGCGUUUCAUUUCAAUGAACCCUUCAAGUUAUUUUUAUUCUGUUAAAGUAUUUGGUAAUUUAUUUUCUUAAAUAUUUGUGUACAACUUUUUAAUGAGUCCAAUAAAUGACAAAGUAUUUAAUUUAAGAA